GAAAAGAAAAAGAAGAACAAGAAGACGAAGAACAAGAAAAAUAAGAUCGAGAACAACAAGAAGAACAAGGACAAAAACAAGAAAGAGAACGAAAACUAAAAAAAAUCCAAAAGAAGAGAGAGAGAGAGAGAGAGAGAGAGAGAGAGAGAGAGAGAGAGAGAGAGAGAGAGAGAGAGAGAGAGAGAGAGAGAGAGAGAGAGAGAGAGAGAGAGAGAGAGAGAGAGAGAGAGAGAGAGAGAGAGAGAGAGAGAGAGAGAGAGCGAGAGAGAGAGA